GUAAUUACGGGGAUUUCGGUAUUUCUACACACCCUACCAUAAAUGCCCGAAUAGAUUGCAAGUUCUCAAUCAUGUCAAGAAAAUGCAGCCGUUUAUUUGGUCGCUCUUUGCAAAUUCUGUGUCAACCAAUGAGUGGUAGCCAUUCAAGAAAUCUGCCUGCUUUCAGAUUGCUGUCAACCACACGAAAAUAUUUGUCCAAUAUCUUGAACCUCAGUCAAUCAAAUGAAAGUGGAAAUGUUAAUGACCGCUUACAGCAACAAGACCCAUUAGACCAUCAGGACUACUUCCAGGUCAGAGACUUGGUCUCCCUGGAAACAAUGUUCGAGUCCCAAUGCCACUAUGGUCAUCACCAAGACUGUAGAAAUGAAUACAUGACCCCGUAUCUGUUCGGAACUCGAUGCAACAUUGACAUAAUUGACCUUGAAAAAACAGUACCACUUUUCCAGGAUGCCCUUAAUGUCCUGGCCCACGUCGUUUAUCGUGGUGGUAUCGUCCUCUUUGUCUCAAGGCAGAAAAUGACCAUGCAUCGUGUGGAGCACAUGGCGAAACAUGUUGGUGAAUUCGCUCACUGUCGUCAGUGGAAUUCCGGCGUUUUUACCAACACUGAACAAAUUGUGGGGUUCCCAACAAGGCUGCCAGACUUGUGUGUGUUUCUGCAUUCGCAGACCAGCGCAGUGAUGCCCCAUCCUGGACUGGUGGAUUGUGCUAAACUUCUUAUUCCAACCAUUGGUAUUGUGGACUCAAACUGCGACCCUCGCCUCGUGUCAUAUCCGAUUCCAGCUAACGAUGAUAGCUUCUUAUCCAUCAUUUAUUAUCUUAAGGUCUUUGAAAAUACUGUGAAGUUAGCAAAACAAAAGAGACAGGACGAUCUACUGGCUGAAAAAUGAUAUGACUUGUAUUUUAUUAAAAAAAUACUGUUGAUUUAGUAAAACAUUUCUCUACUUCAAUAAAGGGAAAUAAUGUAUUUAAAAUUGUCGAUAAAAAUCAGUGUUAUAAGAAUUAUAUUAAACAGUUGACCGCUAAUUAGUUAUAUUUACAAUGAACUAUUUAUCACAUCUUAAGUUACUUAUGUUAUAAUUAAGGGCAUGCAUUUAGGGAAGUUUGGCAGUAAAUUACUGCCAGUUGGUGUCACUAAAUUGUGUAAAUUGCCACUGUUGAAGUUCCAGAACUUCUUAAAAUGCCAUUAUUGAAGUUCAAUAUUGUAAGGGUGUAAAGUUAAUUCAGUGAUGCAUGAUGCAUGAAAGCACUUAAUGAACCUUAAGCCAACCUAGAUUUUAUGCUUAAUUGUAAGUCUGGUAUUAUUUAGCAUUGUAUUGCGUAGAGUUGAAACCUCCACAUGCUAUGAAUUGUGUUGUAUACUGUUGAAACUAUGAAAUGUUCUGUGCAAAGCAUCCACAAUCAGAGGCUAGGGUGUGCAGAUUUUCAGUUUUGCAAAUAUAAAUGCAAGCCCUAUAAUAACCCUAAAACUUUAGUCCGUCAAAAGUAGUUCUUAAAGGACUAUAAUCAAUUACUUGUAUUUUGUUUGAGCUUUCUUUAUAAAAUUAUGUCAUACGGAAUUCUAAAUAAUUUUAACAUGAUUUCAGAUAAGUUGAUAAAAAUAUCCCCUGACCAAA